UUUUCUAGUUAAAUAUAAUGUUCAUAACGUAGUGUAAUCAGUGAAAAUGGUAGUUUGUGAGUUAGACAAAGAAGUUUCAGGGGAAUUAUUGGGCAAGAAGUUACCGGCAUGGCAGGCACUCUUUUUACACCGGGUCCUGCCAUCGUGUGGAGGGCUUAUUGUCUACUUGACUGUUAUUUGUUACGAUAUUACACUUAUCUAUGAACAUUUUCGAAAUGGUGAUGACGGACUUGCAGUGUUUUGUAUUGUCCUGAUGGUUUUCCCGUCUGUACUCUCAUUAGUAUUUACUUUGGCAUCACCUCCUCCGGGCCUGCAGACUGAAUUAACUGCAUAUACAGUGAAAAUAGAGAAAAAUGAUAUCAAAUGGGUUUUAAUGCAAAUUGUAAAUGCUAUAUUUUUUCCUAUUGCUGCUAUUGGCAGGUAUUGUUACCUAAUUUUCUGGUGGACGGAAUCUGUCUUCGCAUCGCAUUCAAAUGAUGAGGAGCGAACUGAAGAAGCAUUAUCAUUAGCAAGGGCUGCUUCACCACUGGAACUGUAUUUGUUCUUACAAGCUUUUAUACAUUCAGCGCCUCAUGCGAUUGUUAACAUUUUAGACCUUAUGUGGCGAUUUUCAAAUCCAAGUUACGACAAAGGUUCAAUACAAGCUAUCAGCAUAAUUGUGUCGUGUAUGCGAAUGUCAAGUACCGCCACUUUCUACAGAAGAUUUGAAAGAGAGAAAAUUUGCGGUCGCAAAUAUCCAUGGAAAGACAAAGAAAAAGUGGAAAAAUGUGAAAAUGAAAACAUAGUUGUUGAAAAUAACGAAGAUAAACAAUCGGAACAUAUUUAUGAAACCAUUAAAAGACAAUCUAGCAUUUCUGAUAAAUCCAAAAAUAGCAGAAGUGGAGCAAAUGAUGACUUAAUUCAAUUUUCACCACGAAAUUCAGAGAUGGCUUCUUCUUUCUACAAUGACAGUGCGUUUGAUUCAGAUUCUAGUUCAAGCAUUUUAGCCUCAACGGAUCACGGCAAUCUUGAAAGCGACGAUGAAUACGUUCGUCCAAUUACAAUAAUUGACAGAGUAGCACCUCGGCGGCAAACAAGGGAAUACGUUAUUGAAAAAGUGUACGUUCCUCCUCCGCCAGCAAUGGACGCACCGAGACCUGGUUCACUAGCGCAAUGGGCUGAGAAGUUUGUUGAAAACGCGGAAAAUAUACCUACUUGGUUGUCUGCCCCACCGAGGAGAAAGCAUUGGGAAAUAGUUCAUUCGGAGCCUGAUAUUCCUCGUCGUGUGCCAAGAUCAUUUGUCCGGGGCCUCGAACCUCAGGACGUGACCGCUGGCCUUGUACAGUACUUGGGCUGGUACGCCUUUUUCAUUUCACGAUUGCUGUCUAUUGCAGCGUUCAUUAAUUUUUUUCCUUUUGUCGCUAUCAUAAUUCUGUUCUCUCACUAUCAAGUAACUUUACUGUUUUUAAUUGUUCCUCAGGCGCCUACAGUGAAGCGAGCGUUUUAUGUGUUCCUCGCUUUUAUUUAUUUGUUUUGUUUAAUGGAAUUUAAGAUACGUUUCCGACACGUGAGAGUGUGGCAUAUGGUAUGGAUCGUAACGUGUACCAUUGAAAACAUUAUUUUCACCGCGUUAUGGGCGACCAUUGACAACUAUCUCGAUAGCUGGUGGAAGAGUUUCGUCGUGUAUGUAACGUUUGGUAGCAUGAUAUUAAGUUAUACGUGCCUUCUUGUAUAUUUUGUUUUAUUAAAACCGAGAGAAGCUAUAGUUUACAUAAAUAAUAAGGAAAUGGUUCAGAAAUGACAAUUUGUUUUAUUU